AGUGUUUUGUUGACAACAUUAAAAAUAUUUUUUUUUAAUUCUUUUUUCAGUAACUAUUAUCUUUUUUUACUUUUUAUUUUAAAAACAUAAUAUAAUUUGAGAAUAUUUUGUUUCCUUUUUUAAAAGAUAUCGAAUUUGAAAUAAUGAAAUCCUAUUGGUUGGUGAAUCUAGAGGUUCAUCCUAGGGGGUGAACCCAAGAAUGACUCCAUAAAUAAUUGACCCGUGAGUAAAUAAAAGCUAACCAAUAAGUACUUCUAAAGUAAACAUCAAAACUAGCCACCAUUUCAGCACCACACUUCUAAUAUCAAUAGUAUCAACAUCGAACAUUUGGCUACACAAUUAACAUACAACCCGCGCGUAGCGCGGGCUUAUCACUAGUAAUACUAAUAAACAACAUGUGUUUUUGUUGAUCAAAAUUAUAUAAUUGAGUUACAAGAGAAUUGAAAUAUGUUCUACAAGGCCUAGUCCAUUAGCUAGUAGCAUUUUUCAUUUAUGAGAUAACCAAUCAAUGUGCUCAUUAGCUAUGGAGGAGACACAGUGCAAAGAGAACCAUGUUUGGAACUUGGCCCAUCAUCAAAACUAAAUUAGUACCAAUAGUCACUUGGAACUUGAAAGAAUCUCUUGUAAAAAUCUACAUGGUUCAUAUUGAUUCUAAGGGACUUAAUCAAAGGUGAAGAACGUAUGCAUUUGAUCCAAAAAAAAAAAACGUAUUCAUAAGUCUUAUUUUCCAUUUUAAUUUCUUUUAGUCACAAUUGAUAAUUCUGUAUGGAAAAUCAGUGGGCUAGUGAAACCAUAUAUCACAGUUGCAUUUAUAAAAAUAUCCGACUUAUUCGAACCCAAUUCUGUGUCCACAAGACAAAGAUCAUAUUUGAACCCAACCGAUUCAGUGAAAACCAAGCCUGAGCUCGACCACUUGGACAGAACCAACACCAAAAUAUCAAAUUUGGUAUAAUUUCAUCUUUAAUAAGAUACCAAAAUUGACAUAACUCCAUCAAUUUGUUGUAAUGUGUUCAUCACACCAAAUUCUUAAAAUACAUAUUUUAUUAUAUUUUAUUUAAUAAUAUAGUUUAACUAUUAUUAUUAUUAUUAAUUAGUUCAAAUUUGUAACUAAACAUAAAUAUAUUGUAUUAUUUGUAUUUUAAAAUUAUUUUUAAUAUAUAUUUUUCAGUUAAUAAAUCACUAAAUGAAUAUCAUCAUUUAUUUCAUAUUCUAUUUUUUAUAAAUGAUAAAAUGAUGAUAGGAGUUUCAAGGCUCCUAAUCAAAUGUUGUAAUAUAAAGGAUGUCAAACCAGUUCUAAGUGAUUAUGAUGCAAAGAGAAUGCAAAACAUGCUUAAUCUAAAUGCUACCAGUUUUUGAGAUGAUUUUAAACUAGAUUUCUACCUAAAAUGCAAUAAAGGACAAAGCUUUCUUUCUUAUAAGAUGGGAGAACUCAUGAGCUAUGGGAAUUGAUCUUGGGUGAUCAAGAUUCAACCUAAAAGUGUCAACUUUCAACCAAUUUAUAUCUACCUUAGACAUAGACACAAUCCUAAGCAAACUCUAUCCCUAGAUGAAUGCUCAUUUACCUAGAUAACUCAAGCAUCAAAUUCCUUUGGUUGAAUGUUAUCUAAGUAAUCAUUAAUCUCAAGUCUACUAGCCAUCUUAACACUUUUAACAACAAAUCCCUUUGGUAAAGAAUGUUAAAAGCUUAGGAGAGUUGGUUCAAGCAUUUCAUCGAACACCUUCCGGGUAUGAAAUGUCUAGCUCAACUUUAGAGAGGUCAACUCUAGAGUUGCAUUAAAAUCACUCUACUAGCAAGGAACAAGAUUGAUCUAUACCUAAACACCUUAGAUCUAGCUUAAUCACCCUUAAUCUCUCUAAUCCAUGAAUCCAAAGAUGACUACUCACUAAUUAUCAUGAUAAACCCAAGAAUCAAUGAUGAUUUGGUGUUAAUCAUGAUUAGUGAUCAAUAUAAUCUAAGCAAUCACUAAAGAUAAUGAUCAAGAUUAGAUCUUUAAACUCAAAGUUCUUUGUGAGUAGAUAGAAAAUAAAAUCUGAUCUUAACUUUAGGAUUACAAGGGUAUUUAUAUGUUCUUGGUAAAUCUAAUGGUUUCCAUUAAAAAGUCUAAAAAGCCCUUAAAAGCAUUAAAAUUCGACUAAGGAUAAAUAUCGACUCGGGUUGAAACGACUGGGCGCACCCCGCGUCACACCACCCGCGUCAGAUGGUCGUCGAGCUUCUUUCUUCAUACGAGCGGGUAGGCGUCUCCGCAUGGCCUCAUCCCGCGUCAGAACGUCAGCUUCUCCUCUUCCUAUGCGGGUAUGCGAUCCCGCGUCACUGAACCCGCGCGAGAUCGUCGAUGCGUCUUCCUGGCCUCGUCCAAGCCGUGUCGUGAACCCGCGGUCUCUUCCAUCAGUGGCUCGACUCGUGAGCAAACCACAUCCAUGGAUCUCUCGCCUCACCAUCGCACUCCGCUCGUUCCACGCCGUGAUUCCUCUGAGACUGGACGCCGUUAACGUGAGGUCUCUUCCACCGGUGGUCGCAGUUCUUCGUCGCGUCUCGUCUCAAGCCCCCACGAGUCGUGCUCUCAGCUCAUGGUUGCGUGCUGAGCUCCGUCGUCACGUGCUCAGCUCCGUCGUCGCGAUCGAGCCUCGCCGUCGGCUCCGGAUCGACCGAGAGAAAGCUCGCUUCUCUCCAAUGGUGGCUUCUUCAUUAUUUGCAAAACAGGUCCCUCAACUGUUGGUUGCUUACAAAUCGGCCCAAUACUUUGGAAUGUACAGAAAUGACCUCAUGAAUUGACCCCUGGACUUCUGAUUUUACAAUCUAACCCAGCGAGUAUUCCAAAACUGCAACCUCGGUCCCUGAACUUUGGAUAACUUCAUACUUGGCCCCAAACUUUGUAAAUUGCAAGAAUAACCCACGGUUUAGCCCCAAACUUCUCAUUUGUGCAAUCCAGACCCUAGAAUAUGCAAAUGGACAAAUGUAUGCAAUAUAUACACCUAAAUGCAAGCUAGAAUUAUCAUAAUAAGCUCAAUUAUGAAUCUAACCCUCAUCAAAAUCAUUAGAUAUCAUAAAACUACAAAAAUUUAACAAGCACAAUAUCUAACUUUGCUAAAAUAAUUAUUAAUCAAUUAUAAAUAAUAAAAUAAUAAAAACUAUUAAAAUAUAAAAAUUAAAUAAUAUAUAAUAUUAAUUUUUGUGUAAAAUUUGGUGUUACUGUUAGAGGUAAUAAAAAAAAGUAUGACACCAAAACGCUAAAUUUGGUGUCAUUGUUAGAGAUACCAUUAUUAUCGGUAUGAAGUAUUCUCUGCUAUAUGAAACCAGCCUCACGUGUUCCACUUUAAGAACCAUGAGACCCGAAGGGCCAUCGCUCGAACUGCUUGGAUCACUUCCUGGCUUGGACUGGCCGGGUCAGUGAAAACCAAACCUGAGCUCGACCACUUGGACAGAACUAACACCCAAUUACUCUAUCCCUCAUUUGAGAUAUAUACAAACCCACCCUGAGAUUUUAAGAAAAAAUAACUCAUCUACAAGUCCACUUGUACUUGCCUGUUGUAGUCCAAAAGAAAAAGAUGAUAACAAAUACUCUCUUUUCAUAAUGCAAGAUAUAUAUGUUUAAAAAACAUUAUGAAAGUAUUACAGUUAGGCACCUUAAGAAAGAAAAAAAUACCAAUAAUAAAGCCGAAUAGGACUUAACUUUUAUAUUAGCAGAAGUUAAUUUAUUCACUGGCAGUACGCCAUUUGAGUUGUAUCAGUGUAUAUACAUCUGGUAUAUAAUUAUAUAAAUGAUCAGGCAUGCAGAGUCUAGUAAACCAUUUUAUAAGGAAUACUGAUUCCAAAGAUGAAAACAAAAUGGGUGGCUGUUCUUUUGUUGUUGCAGAUUAUUAGAACUUUCGGCAUAGUUUCAAUUUAAGAAUCGAUAUUUACGCAAAAUGUUAGUUUACUAAAAUUUAUAUAAUGGAUUAAUUAUAUGCUUAAUUACAGAAUUUUUAAAUAAGAAAAAAUGAAACACUUUGGAUCAGUCGCAUGAUAGUAAUCAUGAUGGGAUCUUCAUCUUUUAUUUCUGACACGAAGAGGAAGAAGGCAAGAGGAAGAGACGAACGUAAAGAGCAAAACUGGAAAAGAAACAAAUACAAAACGGCAAAGUGCAGUAAUAAAACGACACCCUUUAUUCAAACUCAUCUCACAUAUCCAAACUAACAUUUUGUGUUAUAUAUAUUGGACAACAAAACCAAACCUAUUCACCAUUUUGUUCCGUCACGUUAUCCUCAUUUCUGGAGACAAGACAUUUACAUUAUUGUACGUCGAAACAAUAUAUAUAUAUAUAAUAUUUUGAAAAAUAACAGCGAAAGCUCUGCCGUGUUCAUUACCGGUCUGUUUUAGUCACGUAAGUCAAGAAUGAUGACACAGUUUUUUUCUUUUUCAUAUCCACAUUCAAAUCCAUUAUACAGUUUGUGUAUAUCCAUUAUACAGUUCUGUAUAUAUAUACAGAGGUUGACAACCAAAAACAAAAAGAAAUAGCACUUUAACUUCUGUUUUUGUAACUGCAGCACUUUAACUUUUACAUCAGUUGUUCUAAAAGUAAACCUAUUCUACAUGACUACGUCUACAUCUAUAAAGCAAUUCUGGAACGAUAACUUUUUGAAAUGCAUUCCAUAAAAGGCAAGUACGUUGGUGGGUGGUGCAUUAAUUGGUUUACUGAAAUGUAUGUUUUCUCGCGGGUCUAAAGAAUAUCAUAAGUUAUAAACUAUUUAUGUAUUAUAUAAUAUAUAUUAAAAAGUUCAUAAAUUUAUAAUGCAUAAAUUUAUAAUACAUUUAUGAUAAAUUUAUGUAUUAUAUAUUAAUUUUAUAUAAAUUUAUAAUAUAUUACAUUUACAAGCUAAUUAUAAAUUGUUGUAUGAAAUUCUUGACAAUUCCUUAACAAGAGAAAAUACUAUGUUAUACUAUUAUUUUAGUAUAUGUGGUCAUUCUUAAAAAUAUAUGCACAAUUAUACAUAAAAGACUAGACACCAAUAAUCGUACUAUAUAACUAUUUAUCAUAAUUAGAUAUGUCAUAUGUACUAUUAAUAAAACUUCAAAAAAUCUGUCUAAAGAAAAAACUAAAAAAUAUCUAAGCUAAGAAAUUUUCAGAUCUUGUCUUGUAUUUAUAUGUACCCAUUCACGUGGGCCAUUCAUAAUUUGCAUGAAAGCCACUCUUCUUCUCACAAGACAAAACAUCAGUGUCUUUCUUUCUCUCUCUCAAUUUCAGAAAUAUUUAUAGAUCGAAGAUAGAUCUAACCCUGAGAGGAGAGGAAAGAGAAAUAGAUGGUUAGGGUUUAAUCAAGAAGAAAAGCUUUAUGUUAGGGUUUAGGGUUGGGAUAUGACUCAUGUUCGAGAAUGGAGAAGCUCCUCUCUGCUAAUGGUGAUCUUGCUUUCUUAUCUACUCUAUCUCUCUUUUGUAACUUCCCUUAUAGGGGCAACUCGGGUAUAUCCAGAAGCACCGACGAAGGCUACCUCUCCUGCACCGGCUAAUAACCAAGAAAAUCUAAUGAAGAAGUACUUUGGCGCCGGAAAGUUCCCUCCGGUGAAUUCUUAUGUCGGAAAAGGGACCAGUGACACUAAAAGAACGGUACCAAGUUGUCCAGAUCCUCUCCAUAACUAGUCGACGCAGUUUCUUAAAUUUUUCUUCAUUUAUGUUUUAUUUUCUUGAGCCGUAAUCAAUCAAUAAGUGUUUUUAUCCAAAAUACCCACGUUUUUCUCGUUAACCUAAGGGGAAAACGGGGGUAUUUUGGAGAUUUAAUUCACUGAUCUACAAAUAUUUUCUGAUAUAUACAUUGACCGUGUCAAUGUUGAUGUUUUAUUAGAAAUGUCUAUUGUUUUUUUCUGCACUAUGAUUCCGCAUAUAAGAAGCGGAAGAGUAUAAACCCUAAUAUUUUUUUGCUUGUUUGGGACAGGUCCUGAUUUUAAAUUGAAAGUUCUGAUCAAUUUCUUCUUGGUACUCGUCACGUCUGAUGACACAUGCAUUUGCAGCGAAUCAGAUUAAUUGUAAAUAUCGUUGAAUUAAAGUUUUAAUCUGAUCCAAGCUGUUAUACAUAUAUGAGAGAGACUGAGUGAGAGAGAGAACAUAUAUAUUUUUUUUAAGAAAAAAGAACAUAUAUUUUUGGUAUGACAGAAUGUUUGUUUAGUUUAAUAUGUUUUGUACAUUCUUAAAAUCUUCACCAAACCGGGAAAUUAUAUAUAUAUAUAUUAGUAUUCAGAACAGAUCAUACUCUUAAUUUAAAUAGUUUCGAUUGCAUACCUCAGGCCGUGCCUGACUAUAGGCUGAUCAAGGACAUGCUUGGAGCCCUGAUGUGUAUAAGUAUUUUAAGGGCUAAUUUUUUUAACAAAGUCUAGUUAGUUCUACUGGUUUUUGUUUAAUUUUUUCCUACAAAGAGUUGAGGAUUCGAUUUUUUACCCCAUAAAUUUUAAUGUUUUUCCAUUAUAAGUAAUUAAAGGGUCAAAAAUAUAUUUUGUGCUUGGGAGCCCAAAAAAGUCAGGCACGGCCCUGGCAUGCCCCCGGGAAAAUCUUCAUAUAUGUUACAAUAUUAGUUUUGCUCUUAUCUAUAACAACAUUUUACAAUAAACCACGGCAAGAAAGUUUGGGAAGCAAAAUGCAGUACUGUGCAUGGUGAGAUGCUUUAACAGCCGUUAGAUCAGUUGACCUCUUAGCAGGAAUUCUGGUGUUGACGGCUAAUGCGUUUACGACAGGCCAAUCCAGAGCUUUUCUUUUUCCCCAACCUAUGCACUACUACGGUCAAAUUUGUUUAAAGUUUAAACCAAAAAUAAAGUCACCUAGAGUCUAGACAGUAUGGCUUUCUCCAUUUUUUUUGUUUUUUGAUCAACUCUCCAUUUUUUUUUAUCAACUCUCCAUUUUUUUUUUGUUUAAAUCUGGACAGUAUGGUUGCAUUUAGUUGUAUGAUUUUCUUUUCAAAAUAUCUAUAGGUACGUAUUAUUAAGGUGAAAAGACAAAGGUUUUAAUUACCAUUGGGAUUCACGGACAAGAUGCAAAGUUAACAACACGAGAGAUCUGAGAUUGUUUUUUACGGUCACAAAUGGAUAGAAAAAACUUAAAAUAAAAAAGAAUUAGUCUGGACGGUAGCGGUUGGUAUUAUUCUUUUGCAAUAUAUUUAUUACAUUUUUUUGUUUGCUAAAUAUAUAUUUAUUACAUUUGUACCAGUUCUUAUUAAAUAAAAAAGACAACUUGUAAUAUAUUGCAAUGUUCAAACUUAAAGCUUCAUGGAAAAAGGUAAAACUGAAAUCCACGUGACCUGCUAAAAACUUACGGAAACAUAUUUUAAAAAUAGUACGGUCUAGUUAAGCGAAAUCCACGAGUGAUCAUAUUCAUGCAAGAAAUAUUUUUUUUUUGACGAAAAACAUGCAAGAAAUAUUUUAUGCAUAUGUUAUAUUCAUGUAGAUCGUAGAUAAAGUAAUAAACAUUCCUAAUUUAGCAUCCAAUCCCCAACAAAAUGUAAAACUAAAGUUCAAAAAAAAAAAGUAAAAUUAGGCCGACGACGGACAAUAUAUGAACCUACAAAAAAAAUUGAACUGCUAUAGUAUACAUCAUAAAGGCUUAAUUAUAUCUUUUCGUUUUAUGGACUUAAAUCUUUUGAGCUCAUGUACUUCAUUCUAAAUUUUUGUAUAGUCAUCAUGUGAAAGAAAUUUUUUUACAGAGUCGUAUAUGUAGUUAAGAUUUUAGAAAAAUAAAGAAAUUCUGUAGUUAAGUUGAAAACGCAACUGAUCAUGUUUCUUUAAAACGCAAGUGAUACUGUAACUUUUCUGUUUAUUCAAUAAAUAUUUAUUAUAUUUUAUUGGAAAAUUGUAACUUUUAGCUAGAAAUGCUAAUACUAUGUGAGAAAUGCUAAUACUAUGGGCUGUAUCAUGGAAAUAAGAAUUGAUCUUAGUACUGUUUUCUUAAAAAGAGCGAGUAAACAAGUUCUAUGUAUUCAUUUUCUUGUGUAAGACUUGGAGUUUUCGAAAUUCUUCCAUUUUUAUUGCCACUUGAUUGUAGUCUAGUCAAUACGAAGUCGUAUUUUUUUAAAGUCAGAAUAAAAUGUAGGAAAAAGAGGUCUCGAAUUUGGGUGUUUUAUGAGAGACAGAGAAGCCAAUGUGUGAAGCUCCACGUAAUAUGCGGCGAAGGGGCUUGCAUGUUUGUCCCUUUCUAUUUGGCUUUUAGAAUCUCUUUGACUAUUUAUUCUUUUCACUAAUUUAGUACAUGUACUAAAAAGCUUAAAAUUAAAAAUGCUCAUUUCUUAAUUAUCAUCAUAUUAAUUUUAUGAGUACUUGCUAUUUCACAUUUGCAAUUGUACGUACUAUAAUCGGUCGAUAUCUCGAAAAUUCAGGUGUAUGUCUUAGCUAAAACGUGAAGGAAAAUGUAAACCCGAUAUUUUGUUCUUUUUUGUGUUACGUUUUUCUAAAAUAUAGAUAAAUUCAUUUUUCCGUUGAUAAAUUAAUUUUUAAAAUCAUUUUUAUGGAAUUUGAUUCAUUAUUUUGUUCGUAAUACAAUUUUUUUUGUCUAUCUUUAUAAAAGUAAUAGUAGUUGACAAACUAAUUACUCUCUCCUUUCUAGUAUAAAUAAAUUUCAUUAUUUUCAUAUCAAAUGACAUUAUAUGUUUAUUUUGCAAAACUUAACUUUAUGUCACUAAUUCCUUGCAUAAUGUAAAAGGAUUGAUUAUAAAGUAUGACAUUAUUUCUGUUGUUUGUAAAGUAAGACACUAAAGAGAAUAUGAGGUGAUAUAAAGUCACACUGGCCUGCAUUACAAAAAUAAGAUGUCUGAAUUCCGCGAAAUACAUUAUACAACCUAGAGCAAAGUAACAUCAUAUAAGUUUCUGCUAAUUAAAUUCUUAUUUUGUUUAAAUUUAAUACAACGAUUAGCAUAGUCUCAAUCACAUGAAAACCUUGCAAAUACACACAAGUGACACUGAUCAUAUUGUAUUACCAAUUGUCCAAUAUACACAAUACCCAAACCUUUAUUGUUAACUAAAUUGAUGUGUAGUAUUACAGAUUCAAAAUGGGGCUAUUCUGAAGAAGAAACGUUUUACGGGCCUUUAUAUGAAAAAGCCCAGGCCUAGUUGACGAAUACAUAUCUUAAGAUAACAAAGGUAACGUGAAAAACAAGAAAAUAACUAUCUACUGAUCUACAGAUGUAAAGCAGAACCAACAAUGCGGAUUUCUUCUCCAAACGCAUUUCGCACUGACUCCAUACAAUGUGUCUCGUUUCUUCAAAGAAAGUAAAGGAAAAUCGGAGAAUCAAUCAAAGUCGCCUUUGUUGGUUUAAUGUUGUUCUCCGUAACAAUUAUUUUUCUUGUCUCCCACUCUACAUUUGAAAGUGUUAUGGAUAAUGGGCUUGGUCUUUUGUAAUAAAAUAAAAUAUACACACGUUGUCCUAACCUGUAAACCGGGAAGCCUUUUGUAAUUCCAUACUAUUUUCGCAUAAUAGUCCUCUGGUAGCUUUCGGUUAUUGCAUAGCUGAUUGCUUGAAGAAAGCAAAUACUACUAAACUUCUACUUUUAUUCAUUUAGUUCCAAAUCACUAACUUCCACGGUUUGAAUAUUUUUCUACCGAAUGAUAAUGACAACUGAAACUAGACACCCGAUUAUACAUUGACUCAAAUGACAUAUGUAGGUAGAUGUGUUCUUUCUCUCGAUUCGGUUAGGUUUUUUGUUUGUCAGCAUCUUAAGAAUUCAUUAAAAUCUUUCGAAAACAAAUAAUAAUAAUAACAAUAUUCAGUAUAUACUAUAUACAUAUAUUCAUUUUUUAAGGCUACAGAUAUCCAUAUUUUCCAAUAAAACGAGCCUAAUAAACUCCUUUUAAAUUUAGGAGAUCGCUUGACACAAAAUGACUGAAAGUAGCUGUAGUCAGUAGUUACAAUCUUUUUACUAAAGCUGGAAUUAGUUGAAAACUUAAGAGAUAUAGCUUUAAGGAAACCUUUUGACAAACUUGUAAUAGACGCAAUGAUUUUCUACCUUUCUUUCACGAAAA